ACUGCGCAGGCGCGUUGCCGUCGCUCGGCCUGUGUCUCCGCCGGCCGCUCAUGGAGUUGUGGAUCCGUCAUCCCGGGGCCCGGGCGGCCAACACCGUCCUAAUACCGGCCUGCUCCUCCGGCCGGGACCUGAAGAUGCUCGUCUGCCGGCUGGGUUUCCCCGCUGCCGAUGUGUACCUUAAAUGUAACGGGAGACUGGUUGGCGAGGAGGAAGAGUUACAUGAUGGAGCCGUGUACAGCGUGGAGCCGAGACUGGUUGGAGGGAAGGGAGGCUUUGGGUCGAUGCUCCGCGCCCUCGGUGCGCAGAUAGAGAAAACCACCAAUCGAGAGGCUUGCCGAGACCUGAGUGGAAGGAGGUUGCGGGAUGUAAACCACGAAAAGGCGAUGGCGGAGUGGAUAAAGAAGCAGGCGGAGCGGGAGACGGACAAGGAGCAGCGGAGACUGGAGAGGCUGCAGCGCAGGUUGGCAGAGCCCAAGCACUACUUCACGGACCCACAGUACGAGCAGCAGCUGAACGACAUGUCAGAGCGGCUGGAGGACUCCGUGCUGAAAGGUUUGCAAGCAACGUCGAGCGAUGUCGUCGCUGCGGAUGGUGGAUCGAGAAGGCGUGCUUGUCCAAGCACAAGCAAGGCAGGCACAGAAGGAAAGAGAAGACGUCUCUGGAUGGGUGUGGAGGAUUUGGAUGAACCUGGGAGCUCUGAUGAGGAGUGUACGGCUGGUAGCAGCUCCUCCAACCCUUCGUCCCCUUCCGACAACUCUGUGGAGGAGGUCGUGGUUGACGAGGCGGGAGAGAGUGCUGCCGUGCCCAGCGCUGGCACCAGCAUGUCUGACAGCAGCCCUGGCCCCUGCCUGCCCAAACCCAGUGCCCAUUGUAGUAUAUCUGAGCACAGUAUUCAUAAGCCCAGCGCUGACCCCUGCAUUCCCGAGCCCAGCAUUGACCCCAGCAUUCCCGAGCUCAGUGUUGAUCCCGGCGUUCUCAAGUCCAUCACUGACCCAUGCGUUCCCGAGCCCAGCGUAGACCCCGGCAUUCCCGAGAUCAGUGUUGAUCCCGGCGUUCUCAAGUCCAUCAUUGAUCCCGGUGUACCCGAGCCCAGCGCAGACCCCGACAUUCCCGAGCUCAGUGUUGACCCUGGCGUUCCCAAGCCCAGCGCUGACCCCGGUUAUCCUGAGAUAAGCGUUGAUCCCGCAGGCACUGAUCCCGACGUUCCCGAUCCCGGCGCUGAUCCCGACGUUCCCAAACCCGCCGCUGAUCCCGUCGUUCCUGAACCACUCCUGGCUCAGCAGAGUGAGGCCGGUGACGAAGUGGAGGCAAAGGGUUUGGUCUGGCAAGACGGUGAACCUCCUGCACCGGGGGAGAUCUCUGGAGGAAGUCCUAAAGAAAUGAAGGACCAGAUGGCAGAUGGAGGAAGCGACAGGAACACACCAAUGACUACAGCUGCAGGGCUGGAGGACUGGACAGCGUGUGACUCGGCCGAGGAGCUGGAGGGCCUGGGGCUGGAGCGGUUGAAGAACGAGCUGCUGGGCCUGGGCUUGAAGUGUGGAGGCACCCUGCAGGACCGUGCCGCCAGGCUGUUCUCCGUCAGGGGCCUGUCCAGGGAACAGAUGGACCCCUCGCUCUUUGCCAAGCCUGCCAGAGGCCGGAAGAAAUGAGAGGAGAUGCGACUCCCCCCCCCCCCGGGUGACCCUGCCGCCCGGGGCCUCUCCAUUGUGAGUGUGGACCAGCGUGUGGGCGGCAGCUGCUCCCAUCUCCCUACUGUGCAUUGCUUGAACGCCUGCUUCAUCCUCUGCAGCCGUGGCUCGCUCCGUCCAUAUACAGCACCUCAAAUGCUGGGCUUUGCUCUCGGCCGACAGAUAGAGGCAAAGUCCUUCAUCUUUGCGGGUUUUUAUAAAUUGGGUGGAAAAAAAAUAAAUAUAAAACUAAUUUCUUGA